CCGGGGACGUUGGUGUGACAUGGAUAUAAUGGUGUAGACGACUGGUGCGUCCUGGGUCAUGUGUGGGGGAGGUGAUGGCGUGAGGUCAGGCUUAGGGCGUCCCUCUCCCCACCUCAAGGGCUGACGGCUGACUGUGCAGGAGGAUGGAGGGGCUGCCUUUGGACGUGUCUCCCCUGGGGGAUGAAGGAGCCCAGAUGAUCACCUUAGUGGAGACAUCAGCUCUGGAAGAGGAAGGACACCAGCCACCCAACGUGCACAUCCUCACGGCACAUCAGCUGGAGAGAGCAAAUGAGCAGGGUGGACUCGAGGACAGGCAGCAACCACACUCUCUCAGUCAUCAACUGCAGGAGCAUGGCGAGCCUCUGUCCAGGCUGCAGCGGGACACGUCACAGUCCAGCCCUCACUGCCUGGUCUGCAACGCCAAGCUGGGAGUGUCAGCCCGAGGAGCCAUGGAAGUCUUCUCUGAAAAGGCAAAGACUUCCCAUCGACAACUGCAAGUUCACGUCAUCCUGAGCACCAUUGUCAACCAGGAUGUGAGUGCUGUUGUGGCUCACUCAAGUAUUGUUUGUAAGAAAUGCUUCAAGUUAAUUGAUGACAUUGAUUCCAUGGAAGGUCAACUCAUUAAUAUGAAACAGGUGGUGACAAACAAAUACAUGAGGACACUGGCCCUGGUGAAGCAAGACUCAGGAGUGUCGGAGAAUGUGGACAAUGUGUUGGAAGAGGACACUCUUAACCUGGAAGCCUCAUCUCUCACCAAGGAUGACAAGGACUUCAAAGUGUACAUGGGCUCAGGAAGUGGAGGAGGUAAAGGCAAACGGGGCCGCAGGGGACGUUCAAGAGGCCGGCCACCAAGUGUUAAGCUGGAGGUGAAACAGGAGGAGUCUGUGGAAGUUAUUACUGGCCUGGCCGCCGGUGACAAUGUGGAGUCCCUUAAGCAUCAGGGUCUGCUGGGAUCAUCUGACAGUAACGAUGGCCUUUCUGGGAGGCUGGAGGGCAACUUAGAGGAGGAAGGUGGAACAGACAUGCUGAUGGUUGAGGAGGAGAUUUUAGAGAACUCUGUUGUGGUAGAGACUGUGGAGGAUGUGAUGGAGGUGGAUGGUUUGGACCUGGAGGACACUGAGAGCUGUGUGCAGUUUACAGAACACCCAGAAGAUAACCAGGAGCUGUGUCUGAUCAGUGGCUUGACUUUGCCAUCCCUGGGUACACAUGAGCUGAAUGUGGAGCAAGAGGAGCAGGGCCUCAAUCCUGACCAUCACUUGCUGGAGGAUGGUGCUGAGAAGUACAAGUGUCGCUUCUGCUCCCUUAAAAUGUCUGUGCUUGCAGACAUCCAGACACACAUGCGGGAGAUGCAUCCUGAGCGUCUGUAUGAGUGUGAGGUGUGCAAGGAGAGGCUCACCACAAAGGCAGAGUUACUGUGCCACCUAGAACAACAUAUAGCAUCUGGGGAGAAGCCAUAUGUCUGCACAAUGUGUCCACGUAAGUAUGCUCUCCCCAGACAGCUGAAGGAGCACAUCAGGCACCAUAUGAACAAGACCUUUGGCUGCACCCACUGUUCAAAGCGCUUCCGCUCAGAGGCAGCGUUGCAGGAGCAUUUCAACGUUCACACAGGCAAUCGUCCAUAUGCUUGUGACCAAUGCUGCAAAAAAUUCACUUCAAAGCACAUUCUCAAGACACACAUGAAAACCCAUGGGGUUCGUCAGAGGCCCCACCAAUGCAGAACUUGUGGCAAGAAUUUCCUUACCUCUCACCAUUUGACUGAUCAUCUGAAUGUGCAUGAAGGCAAGAAAAAUUACAUAUGUGAAACAUGUGGAAAAGCUUUUGCCACCCAGAGAAGUCUAGAUCUUCAUGCCAUCACUCAUUCAGGAGUGAGAAACUUUUCUUGUUCAAUAUGCCACAAACGCUUUGCUAGAAAAGGUGAAGUAGAGGACCAUGAAAGGACUCAUACUGGUGAGAAACCAUUCCAGUGUGAAAUCUGUGGCUCCACCUUUAGUCAGAGGAGCAACCUUCAGUCCCAUAAGAGAACCACUCAUUAUCAGGAAAAGAGGUAUCAGUGCAAUCAGUGUCACAAGGCUUUCAAAAGGAAGAGGCUACUAAUGUACCACGUGAUGAGUGUGCACACAGGCGAGCGGCCACACAAGUGUAAGCAGUGCAAUGCUGGCUUCGUGUAUCCUGAACACUAUAAAAAACACCUCAGGAUACACACAGGGGAGAAACCAUUUAAAUGUGAUAUAUGUGGGAAAACUUUCAAUUCAAGGGAUAAUCGCAAUGCACAUAAAUUCAUACAUUCAGAUAAGAAACCUUACGAGUGCAUGCUCUGUGGUGUGGGAUUCAUGCGGAAACCCAUGCUGGCUUCCCACCUGCAGCAGCACGGCCACACAGAUAACCUGGAAAACUACAUCAAGGUUAAUCCCCCAACAGUAGUAGCAGCUGAGGGAGGCAAAGGGGAAGGGGGAACAAGUCCAGGUACUACUGUUCGUACCAUGAAGCUAGAUGAGGACCAGAGUCUUGAGCCGAGCUUGGAUGGAUCAGUGCAGUUGGUGCGGAGUGGGGUGAGAGAUGGAGAAACUGUGGAGGUGGUGUCAAGACCAGUCCACAUAAUAGAAGCGGAUGAUUUGCCUCGGUACAUUAUCCACACUACUGGUGGUGGGGAGCGGACAGAGGAAGGCGUGGGCCAUUUCUUUGCCUCCCUACAGGGACAGGUGGUGGAGGUACGGGCUGAAGAUCUUGAAAGGUAUACGGACCUCACUCCUGACCAAAUGACACAGGUUGCACAAGUUGCUGCUCAAGUAGUGACAGGUCAGCCAGCCACUAGUGGAAUACAGCAAGUGUCUGUGUCAAGUGACCUCCGCCCAUUCAACAUCCAGCUGGAGCCAGCCACCAGGGAGGUCACACUACAGACUCAAGCAGGUAGCUCACGGGAGGUGUCGGCAUCCAUCGGAGUUGCCACAGCUACUGUCACCACUCGGGACGUGACCCUCCCCACCAUCAGCCACGUGCAGGGAGGCAGUGGGGCAGCAGUCCUGGUGGGGGGUAGACAGGUGAAUUAUGAACCUGGGGGUUUAGGACAAGGGACGUUAAGAAAGGUGCUGACAGACAGGGAGGAGCUGCGCACAAUAUCUGUCCAUAACAUGGCACAGUCUGACACACGUACAGUGCGCCACUGGCAGCAGCAACCUGUGACCACGCCUGCAAACAACUUCAUUGGGGAUUAAGGUUUAGAGUGAUUCCUUUCUAUUUUUUAAUAAGUAGUUAGUUGUAUUAUGAAUCAUUACUUUAGGAAGUUGUUUGUUGAAGCUAAUGAAGUUACAGAAAUUGAGAUAUUUUUGAAACAUUGAUAAAUUAAUUGUUGAAGUUUCAGAAGGGUGUUCCAUACUGUUAUAAGAAAGUUUUGUACAUUUAAAGUUUAGCUUCACAUUCCCCUUGAUAUUUAGAUGGAAAAACUAUUUUUACAUUAUUUUUGUGGAAUGAAUGUAGAAAGAUUACACCUAUGCUUAACUGGCCUUGAUAUUAGCAGUGAUCCAUUGGGAUGAGGAUAUUUUUGUACAAGUACCCAUUGAUCAUUAUAUACCAUUAUAGGUGGUGAUCUUAUUUUAAAUAAAGAAAAAAUAAAUAAGAAAUAUUGUGACCAUGAUGAAACAGGUGAAAUUUACCACAAAAUGGUGACUCAUCUGUCUGUGCUUCCAUUUUAGUUGUGGACCACAAGGAGUCUGUGGUAAGACCAACACAGUUUUCUUUUAGAAAAAGUAUAUAUAUUAUGACAGUUACUUUAGUUGAUAGUCAUUUUUGCCUUGACAUAUUACCUAUUGUUAAGAAUUAUAGGAUGCUUCCUUUUUAGUCAUGGUUCUUAGUUUUCUGAAUUUUUUGCCUUGAUUUCUUGAAAUCUUGCCCAAUGAACUAUAUGAAUAACAGACCUAAGGAACCGUGCCUCGUCCCUUCUUAGUUUCACCAAAGACAGGCUACUGAGGUGUGCAAUAACUAAACAUUCUGGUCAGUAUUUUGAUGGACCAGUGUUUGAAGAUGCUCAAUAUCAGGGCCUGAUAUAGCAUAUGGUUAGUGAGAUUUCUUGAGCCAAGUAGUUAAGUUACCUUGUGAAAUGUAAUUGCCAUUAUCUACAAGACUUGACUGCUUGGUACUCUGAGGGAUUGUACACAUCCGCAAACAGAAUCUCUGCAUUUUGUAAAUAUAUGUAAUCAGCGAUACUAAGAAUGUAUGAUAAAAAUGGAACUAUAAUCAAGAUAAUAUAAUUACUCAAAGAUUUUCCUUGAGGUACGAGAAGGGAGCUGUAACUGAACUAUAGUUAUGGAUUCAGUGAACAUUGAGCCUCACAUUGACAGUCCUUUGGAGUAAUCAGUCAGUGGUUUUAUUGGUACAUUUGUUAGUCUAUUGUAAUGAAUCACUUGUGAUAUUACUUUCUGGUCCUGCAAAUAGAUGGAGAUGGCUAUUAGUACUGCAGCUUGCUGGUGUGUUGAUGCAGGCUUACUAGUCAGCUGAUCCAGUUAAAUGUUUAUAAAAACAAUGGAAUCUUCCAUUUCCAGUCAAGAAAUUUUGGAAGAAAUAAACACUACAUACUCACAGAACUUUUCAGAACUCAACUGUUGACAGUUGAGAUCUGUGGAGUAUAAUUGAAGGGACAACUUUUGGUGGAAAAGUAAUGACAGAGUGAAAAUGAGGGCAUCACUCCUCACCAUAUAUAUUGCAGUGCAGAAUUGAGUUACUCCGUGCCAUCAAAUAAUAUCUUUCCUUUCCUAUUGUCUUGCAACUCUCAUAUAUUUCAUCCCUCAUCAUUUACAUUUUACCACACUUCUGAUUUCUUAUCAUGAUAUUUUAGAUAUUCACAAACAGGUCCUGCCACAACAAGACAAAAGAUAUAAAAUUCUUAUUGCUCUACAUUCCCUUACUGUGAUCAGUAUCACAUUUACAUCUAUCACAUUUACAUCUUUCAACGUUCAUAAAAUCCUGUAUGAUGUAUUUCUAAUUCUCUUGGGGGUGGGGGGAUGGUGGACUUUGAAAAUCAUGCCUUUUACAUUGGCACAGAUUAAAUGUGACAAGGGAGUAUCCUCACAUUCCUCAUUGUAAGUGCAUUUACUCAAGUCUUCAUUUUGACAUUGUGGAAUCCAUUUUACAUAAGCCUCCACAGGAGAUUUGAUCAGCAUUGUUACAGUAAAGACCAAGUAUGGAAAAUUACUCUCAAGGAUUUUAUCAUUCCAUGGAAAUGUUUUUACAGUCAAUGUUCAUGUUGUACAUAUGUAUGAAGAGUGAAAGUGCACUGUAUAUGAAUAUGAAUAGCUUAAUUA